AUGCUCAAGUGGCUUCGAGCCUACCUUGACCACUUCCAAGGACGUUCCAUAAGCACCCGCUCCUGGCUGGAUUUCCUUACCAAACAUCUUGGCACCAAUGUGAUCGCUGAAGUGAAUUGGAAUGACUGGCUCUACAAGACAGGUGCAAUCCCCUGGGUACCAACAUUCGGCCGCAAACUCUCCACUGUAUGCGACGGCGUUGUUUCCGCUAUAACUAACAUGGUACUCAUAAGCGAUCCUGAUGCAGCUGCCUCAGUGCGAUCGACCUACGAGACGCUGAUGCCUCUUCAACGCCAACUCGUCCUUCAGCGUGUCCUCGAGAGGGUGCCUAUUCAUCAUGAUAAUUUGCGUGUCCUCGAUAAUAUGCUCCAGAUUUCACAAUCGAAGAACAGCGAACUUCGUUAUCGGUGGGUCGCCCUAUCUGUUCUGGUUGCAACCAUUCGUUCAUAA